CUGGGAGCUGGCACGGGCUCCUGGGUGAUGAAAGCCAAGGGGAAUGGAAAAUGCCAGGCCCGCCCCUACCGAGGAGUAUAAAGCCGGGCAUCCUUUCCGAACUCAGCCACCAAGCUCCUUUCUCUUCUCUCUGUGACUCGCUCACUUGCUCGCUCACCUCCCUCCUCGGCACCAUGGCCACCUGCAGCCGCCAGUUCACCUCCUCCAGCUCCAUGAAGGGCUCCUGUGGCAUUGGAGGUGGCUCCAGCCGCAUAUCCUCGGUCCUGGGCGGAGGCUCCUACCGGGCCCCCAGCGCCUAUGGGGGCCUGUCUGUCACCUCCUCCCGCUACUCCUCCGGAGGGGUCUGCGGGCUGGGGGGCGGCUACGGCGGCGGCUUCAGCAGCAGCAGCAGCAGCUUCGGUGGGGCCCUGGGUAGCAGCUUCGGUGGAGGAUAUGGCGGUGGCCUUGGCGCCGGCUUCGGUGGUGGCUUUGGUGGUGGCUUCGGGGGUGGCUUCGGUGGUGGUGACGGGCUCCUGGUGGGCAGUGAGAAGGUGACCAUGCAGAACCUCAACGACCGCCUGGCCUCCUACCUGGACAAGGUGCGCGCCCUGGAGGAGGCCAACGCCGACCUGGAGGUGAAGAUCCGCGACUGGUACCAGAGGCAGCGGCCGGCUGAGUCCAAGGACUACAGCCCUUACUUCAAGACCAUCGAGGACCUGCGGAACAAGAUCCUCGCGGCCACCGUGGACAACGCUAAUGUGGUGCUGCAGAUCGACAACGCUCGUCUGGCCGCUGAUGACUUCCGCACCAAGUACGAGACGGAGCUGAACCUGCGCAUGAGCGUGGAGGCCGACAUCAACGGGCUGCGCAGGGUGCUGGACGAGCUGACCCUGGCCAGAGCCGACCUGGAGAUGCAGAUCGAGAGCCUCAAGGAGGAGCUGGCCUACCUCCGAAAGAACCACGAGGAGGAGAUGAACGCCCUGCGAGGCCAGGUGGGCGGGGACGUCAACGUGGAGAUGGACGCCGCCCCCGGCGUGGACCUGAGCCGCAUCCUGAACGAGAUGCGCGACCAGUACGAGAAGAUGGCCGAGAAGAAUCGCAAGGAUGCCGAGGACUGGUUCUUCAGCAAGACGGAGGAGCUGAACCGCGAGGUGGCCACCAACAGCGAGCUGGUGCAGAGCGGCAAGAGCGAGAUCUCCGAGCUCCGGCGCACCGUGCAGAACCUCGAGAUCGAGCUGCAGUCCCAGCUCAGCAUGAAAGCGUCUCUGGAGAACAGCCUGGAGGAGACCAAAGGCCGCUACUGCAUGCAGCUCGCCCAGAUCCAGGAGCUGAUCAGCGGCGUGGAGGAGCAGCUGGCGCAGCUGCGCUGCGAGAUGGAGCAGCAGAACCAGGAAUACAAGAUCCUGCUGGACGUGAAGACGCGGCUGGAGCAGGAGAUCGCCACCUACCGCCGCCUGCUGGAGGGCGAGGAUGCCCACCUCUCUUCCUCGCAGUUCUCCUCUGGCUCUCAGUCAUCCAGAGAUGUGACCUCCACUCGCCAGAUCCGCACCAAAGUCAUGGACGUGCACGACGGCAAGGUGGUGUCUUCCCACGAGCAAGUCCUUCGCACCAAGAAUUAAGGCUGCUCUGCUCAGCUCAGGCCUAGGAAGCCGCCCCCCCACCGCAGAUGACACUGGGGGAUCCCCUCUCCCCCCCACCUCGAGCACUUCAUACCUGAGUCCAGUUUCACCCCUGCCCCUCCCAGCAAUCAAUAAAGCUUCAUUCUGAGUUGCACAA